UUUUGGGAAACCGGCGCCAGCGAUUCAUCAGCUCUAGCAAGUGGGUGGUGUGCACAUUUCUGAACGCACUACUCGCAGAAGAUUAAGCCAGGAGGGACGAUGGCUUUUCGUAAGAGCCAGAGGACCAGAAUUGACCAGAACACUUAGAGUUGGGGUGAUUAGGGCCCUAACCAUCCCAGUUGCUCGAGAACACAGUCGGUCUUUGGACGAUUGGUCUGCUGUAAUUUUUACAGAUAAUUGUAGAUUGUUGGGAUGGUUAGGGAUUCUUCUUCUUAGCUGAAACAGUCUUGCUAAAAACACCAUAAUGUCUGGACGUGGCAAAGGAGGAAUAACCAAGGGAAAGGAGAAGACCAGGUCGUCUCGGGCCGGACUUCAGUUCCAUCGUCUUUUGAGGAAAGGCAACUACGCCGAGAGGGUCGGUGCCGGUGCCUCAGUGUACCUUGCUGCCGUCAUGGAAUAUCUGGCCGCUGAAGUUCUCGAAUUGGCAGGCAACGCAGCCCGUGAUAUCAAGAAGACCAGGAUCAUUCCUCGUUACCUUCAACUGGCGAUCAGGAAUAACGAGGAAUUGAACAAACUCCUCUCUGGAGUCACCAUCGCCCAAGGUGGUGUACUUCCUAACAUCCAGGCAGUCCUCCUUCCCAAGAAGACUGAGAAGAUAAUUGUAGAUUUGCUGUACGAUAUCAAAAUGGGCGUGAAAGAGUGUGAA